CACUUCGCACAGUUCUGUCUGUUGUUUUAGUAGAAACUGGUUCUUCUGUGUUGAUGUUGGAAGGCUUUUUUACAUAUUCUAUUUUGCCAGUACAAGUGUUGACCAGUAAGGCGUCUUCGUCGCUUGGUAGCUUGCGCCAUCAAUUACAACAUACCAAGGUAUGAGAUUACAUUUCUUCAUCACUAAAGUUAGAACGCUGCACAAUGGAAGUGAAACAAAUCAAGAAUACAAGCCUAUUGUUAAUAUCUUUGGUGUUAAUAUGGUGGAUCUCUAACACUGUUACCUCUCUUGCCUCCAAACGUUUUAUGCUUGAUGAACAAGCCAAAGAURAAGCAGACACARACACCAAAUCAUUAAGAAACAUGAAAUGGAUAGACUUAACAUUUAUCCAAUUUGCACUUAGCGCGAUUUUUACCUUCACAUGGAUAAAGCUCCAUUGCUACGGAAUAAAGACACCGUCAUUUUCAAUAUAUGAUUCUGAUGUACCGAAGAUGGCAUUAUUUGGGCACAUGUUUGGACAUAUGGCUACAAACGCAUCUUACGCAGCGAUCAGCUCCAGCACUACGCAAAUGAUCAAAGCGUGUGAACCAAUUUUCACUUUUGUACUUUUGCUGUUUCUUAAUCAACGAAAAUAUGAAAAUUUGAACUGUUCUCUUCUACUUUCUCUUCUGAUGAUGUCYUYAGGGACGUGUUUAUUUGUGGCAGUGGAUAGCAAGUUCAACAUCCAAGGAGUUGUUGCUGCACUUGUUUCAAAUUGCGCUUUUGCAACUCGCAAYAUUCUCCUCAAAGGUAAAGGUAGCUCCUUCAAAAAGUCUUUGAUACAAUAUUUCCACCUUUCCGUGCAUUGUUUCUUCUUUUUACUUCCCUUUGGAAUCCUCCGACUGCCCAAAAUGCGUAAAAUGCAGUUCACAACAUUUGAAGGCUCACUGAUAUCAGCCGGCAGCUUUUUCACCUACAACGCUGCAUCUAUCAAUGUUCUGAAGGCAAUCAGCCCUAUUCAGCAUGCUCUACUAAAUUUGUUCAAGCGAGUUUUUGUUAUCGUAAUUAACAUUUUGUACUUCUCAACUCCUAUGCAUCCGCUCUCGGUCGUUGGAUUUCUAGCGCUAUUCAUAGGRCUAUUGAUGUACAUACGAAUAUCACACGGAAUUUCUCUGCCGCAGAAGUACGUGUCAAGGUCCAAACAAGCGAUACUAUUUUGCAGUUUGUUUUCAUUGCCAGUAAUGAGUUUCCAAUUUUUCAUGACUGGUUCGACUUCAAAUACAAAUAUCGUACUGGAUAACCAUAUAAAAUCAUUAUGGAUAUAUGAAAGACCGUUACCCAUCGAUGUACUUCAAAACGUCAAGGCAUGGAAUAUGACAUUGUCAAAAGGAUCAGCACAUGUCUUCUGUGGCAAUUUUGGCUGUGUUAAAGACUUGUCUGACGGCAAUCGAACUACAACUUCRUUUCUAGUCAUUAGUACACUAAUUAAUAAUACUGUUUUUGACACCUGGUUUAGCAAGCAUCCUUUGAAUAAAAUCUUUGAAGGAAAGAACUUUGAGGAUCAUUUGCAGCAAGUAGUGGCACUGUCUUUGAUCUUCCGCAAAGGUGGUACAUAUUUUGAUCCAAGAGUAARACUACCAAAGGAAUUGCUGCAAACUAUARAUGGCAAAGGACCAUGCAUUGCCAUGUCGUCUACAACCAAUCUKCCAAWUAUCAUGGGGCUWUUCAACUUUCCAAAGGAACAUCCUUUGAUAYUGAAGAUCGGUGAAGUAAUGGUAGAUCAGUAUAAAAAAGACGCUGACGACAUAAARAAAUGGCCAAUCAGGUUUAAUUUUAGWGAGAUAUCUUCGAUUGCMUGYAGAYCAUAUCCUGACAUUUGUGCAAACAUUAUCGAMCUUGAARGUAAACAMUUCWWURUGGAAACUCCCAAUAUUCAGAACAGUUUUGGUACAUUAUCUUACGACGCCAGAGUUCGUGUUGCUGCCGAUGCAAAUCUCGGCGAUGAGAUACAGGGAUUUCCAGGAUUGCAAUUUCUCCCUUUCAUGGACGAGUUUGUUGAAAGAGAUCAACUUUACUCUACUAACAAAGCAAAGAAUAUUACUACAUUUUUCAACGCUUGGUGGGGUUCUCCCUCACAGCAAUGGCCACCACCCAUGCACAUUGACCCCAUAAUGUUAUCCAUGCACUUAGGAAAUGCSAUCAAGCCUAUGAUMUCSAASAAUUUACCUUAUCUUAAASKGAAAUCGCCCAUUGGAUGUCGUGACCCAGCUACCCUCGAGUUUCUUAGAAGUCAAGRAGUGGAGGCAUUUUAUUCAAGUUGUAUGACUCUAAUGAUGAAAAAUCCCAGCAAARGYGCUGAAAGAACUGACAACAUUUAUUUGGUGGACGUCAACGAUGCGGUAAGAAAGCUGCUACCAUCGGAGAUUCAACAAAAAGGCAUUUCAUUGGAGCAUAACAUGAAAGGAGAAUCUCGUUUAAAUAAAUUGGCUAGAUUUAAAUCAGCUUACAGCUUAAUUGAAAAGUACGCUCGAGCAAAGUUAGUUGUAACGCAGCGCAUCCACUGUGCAUUACCAUGUGUUGCCAUGGGAACACCAGUCAUAUUCAUCAAUUCUGCCAGCAUGCCUGGCGGUGGUGGUACAAAGAGGAAGRGCUCACCACGAACUGAAGGAUUCCAGGAACUCUUCCACAUGCUGGAUUUGUACAAUAUGUCAAGUAAUGACGCCAAAAYGUGGCUACAAAACUUUGACUGGAACAAGCCUCGCCCUCUUUCAUCUUCUUCAAGUCUUCUGAAAAGGUUAAGAGCAACAUCAUGGAAUAUAAUUCGUCAGAAAAGAAAAUUGCACGAGUCUGCGUUGAAAUUCGGCAUCAUUCCUUACCAUAAUUCUCUUCUUGAGGAGGACAGAAAGGAGCAGGAUUUGUUUCAUYUGAUAUUYACUACUCGUGGMGCUCAAGUUGUUGAAGUGUUCUCUGAUCAAAGUAAAGUUUCAGCUCGAUUCAACUGGCGACACUGGCGUUGCAUCGAGUCGAUUUUCUAUCAUCAUCCACUUGCAAAAGUACUAGUACACAGCAAUACCUURCCACUUGCAAUGUUUGAAGUUCUUGAGGAAUCUGGAUAUGAUAUCGAAGUCCGAAGAUAUAACUUAUUAGACAUAGUCAAAUCCACCCCCGCCGAAAAAUUUAUGAAAGAAAAGUAUAASAAAGUUARAAAUSGUAMGUWYUGGUACAGCCAUGAGACUGAUCUUCUGCGCACAGCCAUACUUUAUAAAAUGGGUGGUGUGUACAUGGAUACCGACGUUAUACUGGUKCGAUCUCUUAGAAAGUUGCCCAUCAAUGUUGURGGAUAUGAAAGGGAUGGGAAAAUGAUGAACGGAGCAUUCAUGUAUUUUCAGAAAAAUCAUCGAUUUUUAUUUGACAUUUUGAGGCGUUUUAAUCAAGAAUACAAUCCAAACCAGUGGGGCGUUGUUGGUCCUGAACUUAUUACCAAGAUUUUACAUUUAAAUUCUUCUGCCCAUUACAAUGUCACUGUUCUAAAUCACCAUGCAUUCUACAUGUUUCACUAUAGGAAGAUAAACGAUGAAUGUUUUCAGCAAACAAAUGGAACGACGUUUAGAGAAAAGAACAAGAUUUUGAAAGAAAAAGCUUUUGCAGUUCACGUAUUUUCUAAGUUCAGUGGGAAAAUUGGUUUGACAAAAAAAUUGAAAGAGGGAACAAUAUGUAAAAAACUAUUCAACGCGUAUUGCAUUUUGUGUGACAAACGAUAUUAGAUCAGGUUCAAUUCUKUUUAUUUUGAUAAAAUUAGUUUGGAAUAUGUUUGCUCAUUUGACAUACGAGUGUAUACAUGAGAUAGAGUCUUUCGCACGUAUUUCAUUUUUGUAGAUGUCCUAAWCAUAAAUCGCUCUGUGUUCACCUGUUUUCAAGAAACGUUGUCGUCGGGGAGAAAGGCGAUUGUCGAAGGGAGAUUGCUAGACCGAAAGGGACUGUAAUGGUUACGCUGUYGUGACAAUUUCAUUUGUUGGAUUCACCUUGUACUAAAUGGAGCUAAUAUUUACAACAGACUUUUGUACAGUAUAAAUCAGUUGUUAUUUCCCUUCAAKUAGCAAAACCAAUGGRUCGUCCUUUCGGUCACGCAAUCCGCGCCGUUCGACAAUCAACAUUCGCUAUUUUAUCCGACAGUCGUUUUUGAAAUAGGUUAURUAUUCAUUCACGAAAGAGCUCAUCAAUUACUCGUCCAACGCCACUAGAGUGAUCGCACUUAAACCGUGCAACUGUACAAAAUCUAAGUAGUACUAAUUUGUACUAAAAUUUUACAAAUUACUUUAAAGUGGAACUGAAGGUA